AUGGCUCCAUCUAAAAUGAGCAAUCAUACCCAUGUCACAGAAUUCAUCUUCAUGGGAUUUUCCAACCACCCCAGCCUACAGGGUGUCUUCUUCCUGGUUUUCCUGGCCAUUUACUUGACCACUCUACUAGGAAACAUGCUUAUGAUGACGGCCACCAGGGUCAGCCCUGCCCUCCACACCCCAAUGUACUAUUUCCUCAGCAAUUUGAGCUUCUUAGACAUCUGCUACACGACCACCACCAUUCCGGCCAUGCUGGUGAACUUCUUCAGGGAGAAGAAGACCAUCUCCUACGAGGGCUGCCUCUCCCAGAUCUUCUUCUUUGUGACAUGCGCUGGCACGGAGGGUGUUCUUUUGGCUGCCAUGGCUUAUGACCGCUAUGUGGCCAUUUGCCGCCCUCUUCAGUAUCCGGUUCUCAUGAGUGCGAAG